AUGACCCCAACCACAGAUGAGACCAGUGCAACCAUCAACUCUACACCCACCUCAACGACAGCUAGGACCAGUACAACCAUCUACUCUACACCCACCUCAAUGACAGCUGGGACCAGCACAGUGCCUGGCUCUACUACAACCCUGAACACAGAUGAGACCAGCACAACCAUCAACUCUACACCCAUCACAACCACAGAUGGGACCAGUAAAACCAUCAAAUCUACACCCACCUCAAUGACAGCUCGGACCAGCUCAGUGCCUGGCUCUACAACAACCCUGAACACAGAUGAGACCAGUACAACCAUCAACCCUACACCCACCACAACGACAGCUAGGACCAGUACAAUCAUCAACUCUACACCCAGCCCAACCACAGCUUGGACCAGUACAACCAUCUACUCUACAACCACCUCAAGGACAGCUGGUACCAGCACAGUGCCUGGCUCUACAAUGACCCCUACCACAGAUGAGACCAGUGCAACCAUCAACUCUACACCCACCCCAAGCAAAGAUGGGACCAGUACAACCUUCAACUCUACACCCACCUCAAAGACAGCUGGGACCAGCACAGUGCCUGGCUCUACAACAACCCUGAACACAGAUGAGACCAGUGCAACCAUCAACUCUACACCCACCCCAAGCAAAGAUGGGACCAGUACAACCUUCAACUCUACACCCACCUCAAUGACAGCUGGGACCAGCUCAGUGUCUGGCUCUACAACGACCCCGAACACAGAUGAGACCAGUACAACCAUUGACCCUACACCCACCACAACGACAGCUGGGACCAGCACAACCAUCAACUCUACACCCAGCCCAACGACAGCUGGGACCAGUACACCCAUCAACUCUACACCCACCUCAAUGACAGCUGGGACCAGCACAGUGCCUGGCUCUACUACAACUCCUACCACAGCUGGGACCAGCACAACCAUCAACUCUACACCCACCUCAACCACAGAUGGGACCAGUAAAACCAUCAAAUCUACACCCACCUCAAAGACAGCUGGGACCAGCACAGUGCCUGGCUCUACAAUGACCCCUACCACAGAUGAGACCAGUACAACCAUCAACUCUACACCCACCCCAACCACUGCUGAGACCAGUACCUCCUCCAGCACUGGCUGGACAACCCCCCACAGCGGCUCUAGCCUGGCAGUUUCAACCUCCAACCACACCAUCACAGUUGUAACCCCAGUGAACGAGGCAAAGCCCAGUGGGUCCUUGGAGCCAUGGGAAACCGUCCUCAUCACCCUGGCCUCUGUUGUUGUGGCCACAGCACUUUUUGCUGGAGUCUUCCUUUUUGUGAGGAGUCUCCUGUCUCUGAGAAAUGCUGCUGACAUAGCUGUCUACAUCCCCCACAACUGCCACCCUGGUCCUGGAGAACCCCACCUGCCUCCACGGAGCCCAGCCUGGUCCUGGAGGAGACCAGUAACCUCCGGGGUCAUGGAGAUGAACGAGAGAUAACAAGUACUGCCCACGAAGCCCAGGACUGCAUCCUUCAGAGGAGAUGGGGGCUGCUUCGUAUUCCGUACCCCCGGAGUCCCUUCCCAACUCUGUUUGGGUCCCUUGAGAAAGAUGCAUUCUUCCCUUUCCCGGUUUUUACCAGACACAAGAAGGAGGACAAUGCAUUGGUCAUAUCACAAGGAAAUAAAUACAUCCAACAUGU